ACAAAAUAAGUGCAAGACUUGUACACAACAAAGCAUCAUUGAAAGAAAUUAAAGCUGACUUAAAUAAAUGGAAAGUGUUCAUGGACUGGAAGACUCGACAUUGUUGAAAUGAUGAUACCUCCCAAAUUGCCAAAUUGGUCUACAGGUUCAAUGCAAUCCCUAUCAAUAUCCCAGCCAGAUUUGUUUUGUUUUUUUUUUUGAAAUUGGCAAAUUGACCUUAAAAUUCAUAUGGAAAUAUAGGGGACCCAGAAUAGCCAAAAAGUCUUUGAAAAAGAACAACAGAUUUGGAAGACUCAUACUUCCUGAGUUUAAAGAUGUAUUGUGAGGCACACAUUAGAUGUUUGAAAUUUUUGAUACAUUAAACAUAUAAUCUCUUUAUUUAGUAUGUCCUACAAGGAAUUAUUAGAAAUUGUCUUAGAUUACAUCAUAAAUUUCUCAAGCCAAAUUCUCAUUAUUCACAUAUCUCCUUUCUAAAUUUGCAUUUCAAUACAUGUGAUAAAAAUAUCUUAUAGAUUUAGUUUGGAAUUUUAGCUGAUAUUAAUAAUAAUUUUAGUUUGCUUUCACCAGUGAGCUGUAUUGUUUGUUUUAUAGUUAUUUCACUCAAAUGGCAAGCCUGAGGUAUCUAAUUUAUCUAUCUAGUAGAAACAAAUCUCAAAAAUUUAUAAGACUUUCUUACAAAAUCCACAAACCAUCAAUAUUAACCAAUUAUUAAUGUUAGUUUAAUAUUUUGAAAUAAUAUUAUUAAAGUGCAAUUUAAGGAACUAAAAAUACUAAUUAAAAUCUAAUACCUAUUUCACCAAUUAAUUUCUUUCUCUCAACAAUUAAUGUUCAAGUUCCUUCUACUUUCCCCCUUAAAAACAGCCCUCAAGCCAUCAUGAAGUUUGAAAAAAUUCUUACUUUUUUUUAAAACAAGUGAGAGUAUUCAAAACUUCAGAGUAUGGAUUUUGCAUUUUGAAUUUUCCAAAGGUAUUAUUCAAAUACCUUUAAAAUGAUUUUUACCUUUUCUUCAAUGAAAUUUAAAGUUCUUGCCUAUAUUUUACCAGGGAGAUAUUAAAACUAUUCUCUCUCUCUUUGUAUACUCAAAAUGGAAAAAAUACUUUAAAUGUCAUAUUUCAGGUCCUGCAAAAGUUGUGUAAAUUGUUGUAUGAAUCCUUCAGAAUGGAUAAUGCAACUUUCCUGACUGGAAUAGAAUGGUUUUUUGGGUGAUCAUUAUUUAUAUCAUUAACUCCUCCUCCAUGCAGGGAAAAUAUAAUAGGCUGUUUUUAAAUUUAGCAGUUUAUUUGGGGGGAAUAAUCUAUGAUGUAAUAUGUUAGACUGUCCUUUUGGGCCAUCUUUCUUGAUUUUAACUUCACAUACUAAUAACGUUUCAAAAGAGCAUACAUAGAUAUCUUUUUCUCCAAUAAUUAAGGCUAUAGGGAAUUCAUUAAAUAUGUCAUUCUUAAUUUUUAUUUUUUACCUAAUUAAUGGUCACAACAAAGCACUAUUAGUUUCCCCUCCAAUUCCUAAGUUUUGUAAGCACCUCUUUUUGCUGGUUUCUAACUCUAAAGGAAGACAGACCAUCUUGAAGAUGGUCAUCUUAGGUUAACUACAAACUUGAACAUAAAUAUAUCUCACCUAUGAUGUCUAUGUACCCAAGACUUAAAUUUGGAUCUACAUUAUCUAAAAAGUUGCCCACUUCUCCAAUUCCACUUAUGUAGAUAAGAGAAUAGAUUCUGGAGCCACACACAAACAACAGUUUGAAUCCCAGCUCUGCCAUUUCAUAUGAUGUGUGAUUAUUGGUAGGUUAUUUAAACCUAAAUUUCUUCAUCUAUAAAAUGCAGAUGAUAAGAGUGUCCACCUCAUAAGUUUGUUGGGAGAUAAAAUGAAUUAAUAUAUGUAAUUGCUUAGAGUAUUACAUAGAAUGGCAUAUAGAGACACAUUUGUGUUCAUAUUAUCUAGAUUUCAUUUGCUUUGGAUUGACAAAAGGAACUGAAAAGAGUUGGUUUGCAAUACUGUUUGAAUGUCAACAAAUAGGAAUAAGCAAAUUAAAUAUAGUUUGAGAUUUGUUCUGAACACUUUAAUUUGAAUCUAACUAGAACUUCAUUAUUAUAUUGUAUACAAUUUGCUCUUUGUUUUGCCCAGGAUAUUUGUUUUCCAUUUAUAUCUAAAAUAAUAUUCUUGCUUUUUAUUCUUUUCAGUAUUUAUUUCACUUAAUGUUCAUAUAUAUAUUGUAUCUCCUCUGAUUUGCCUUAAAUGUAAAAGAAUUCUAAAGUGUAUUAAUGUUAUUAUUGCCAAUGCUGUAUCUCUUAUAGGAAUUCAUUAAUAGAACUAGACUCAAAGUAAAUUUAAUUGAAUAGUACUUAGCAUGUACUAUACUCUCAUCUCUGAGAAUUCUAUAUUUAUUUUCAGAUGUGUUCAUGGCUGCAUAUAUGAUCUGGCAAUAAUCUUACGUAUAUAGAAACAUGAUCAUUAGAGUGGAUUAAUUUAUUUAUUCAACUGAUAUUUUUUAAUGAUCACCAUAAUCCAGGCUUCUUUCAAAAAUAUUUUUUAGGUUUAUUUAUUUUUGAGAGAGAGAGAGAGAGAGAGAGAGAACACACGAACAAGGGAGAAGUGGAGACAGAGAGAGAGAAUCCCAAGCAGGCUCUGCACUCACAGUGCAGAGCCCAAUGCGGGGCUUGAGCUCCCAAAUCGAAUCACCACCUGAGCCAAAAUCAAGUGUCAGACACUUAACCAAGGUGCCCCCAAAAAUAUUUUUAUAAUACUUUCUGUCACUAACAGAAUCUAAGAUUAUCAUGCUUUUAAAAUAACUCAUUCUACAUGAAUUAUAAUUUAUUAAGUUAAUUAAGUAAUUAAAUAAAAUGACAGGGUAUUUAAGGAGGGGAAAUCCCAUAUGUGCCAAGAUAAAUGGCACUCCACUUAAUAUACUAAUUGUAACCAACAAACUGGUUAACUGUAUCUCAGUUAACUUACUGUAUCAGGGCAAUUACAAUAGCUGCACACUGUGCUGGAACCCAUUUUAUAAAUACGUUUCUUCUCUUUAUGAUAUAUGAAUAGACAAGGCCUGAGGCACCCUUUGUUCACAGAUUAAAAUGUUUUAAAUCAAGAUUUCCUAUCCACCCCCUACCCCGCAGUGAGUUGGUUGAAGAAUAUAGUAUCUGGGAUACAAAGGAUGAAUAUGCUAAGAAGCAGACAUAAAAUAUAGAUACUAUCUAACAAAGUAAGCUUAAACUUAAACCCUUUAUCUUAACAAAAUAUUAUGAUUUUUAUUCACUUGAUUUUGUCUUUAUAUUAUCCUGCUAAUAGUCAAGUAGAGUAAUCAAAUCCUAUACCCUUCAGUUUCCUUAUCGGUAAAACCCCUUUCAUUUACUCUCCAAGUCUAUUACUUGGAGAGAAGAGAAUCAAAUUCUAAUACUUUUUUAUUCCUUCUGAAUUUAAUGUGGGUUCACACUGUAAAAGGAUUCAUAACAAAUCAAGAUGCCUCUUCAUUCAACUAUAUUACUAUUUGUACCAGUGUAGCGACAUAGAAACUUUCCUUUGAAAAAUAGUCUCCCUGAGACCUUGUGAUACAGAACACCUUAACAAGCUUUUGCAUCAUCAUUAAUUCCUCACAUACUUGGAAAUAAACAAAUGUAACUAUUAUGAAUUAUAAUGUUAUGAGAAUUUAUCUCCCCUGGUUAGAUUAUGCAAAGGGAAAAUGGAAUUCUUUGAAGUUACACUGAUUAGAAUGUGGGGAGAUCAGUGUAUCCUCCUGCUUUGUGCUCACAAUUACUCUAGCUCAUGCAAUAUAAUGAAGUAACCUUAUAUAUUGUGCAAUUGGAUGGAAUAACAAGGUUUGUAAAAGUUAUAUACACCUUAAAAAAUAGUUUACAUUUGGACCCUUAAAAAAAUAUGCUUUGACUUGAAAAUAUUAAUUUCCCAAUCAAGACGCAGGGUGGCGCUGCAGGCUAAGACUGUGAAUAAAGAGCUGUAAAAAGCUCCGUAUUCCUUUGUUGCAAAAAGGAAUCAAAUACACGGAAGAAGCUUUGCCAGCCAUACUGGGUUACCGGCGAGUUUGGGCUGCGAUAAACGAAUUUAAGAUUAAAGGCAACUUUAUGAGGAUUCUACCAAACAAGAAACCAGAAUUUAGUAUCUCCAGUUUUUUUGUGGUUGCUAGGAAGGUUUGGAUGUAAGCGCCCGGACUCCAACAUGAAGACGCCAGAGAGAAUUCAACCAAACAGGCAAGUGGUGGCCUUUAUUUUGAUGGUGUUCUUGUCCCAGGCUUGCCCUGAGCCUAUUCGUUAUUCUGUGAUAGAAGAAACAGAGAGUGGCUCCUUUAUAGCCCAUCUGGCCAAAGAUCUGGGCCUGGGAAUUAGGGAACUGACCGCUAGGUCAGCCCGGGUGGUGUCUGACGAUGACAAGCAGCGCUUGCAACUGGAUCGUCAGACUGGAGAUUUGCUUUUGAGGGAGAAAAUAGACCGGGAAGAACUAUGUGGCUCUGUUGAACCGUGUGUACUGCAUUUCCAAGUGUUGCUGGAAACGCCGGUGCAAUUUUUUGAAGGAGAAUUAUCAAUCCAGGACAUAAAUGACCACUCCCCAGUAUUCCCGACUGGGGAAAUGCUCUUGAAAAUACCGGAGAACAGCCAGCCAGGGACUCUGUUUCCGUUGAAAUUAGCUCAGGAUUUGGAUGUGGGUAGCAAUGGCCUUCAAAAGUACACUAUCAGCCCCAAUUCUUAUUUUCAUGUUCUAACUCGAAAUCAUAGUGAGGCCAAGAAAUACCCAGAUUUGGUGCAGGACAAAGCGCUGGAUCGAGAGGAGCAGCCUGCGUUCAGCUUAACCCUCAUAGCACAGGAUGGUGGAUCUCCACCUAAGUCUGGCACCAUCACAGUGCGAAUCCUGAUCACAGACGUCAAUGACAAUGCUCCAGAGUUUGUGCACACCCCAUAUGAAGUACAGGUCUUGGAAAACAGCUCCCUAGAUUCCCCAGUACUUAGUGUCUCAGCUAAAGAUAUAGAUUCUGGAAACUUCGGGAGUGUUUCCUAUGGCUUUUUCCAAGCAUCAGAUGAAAUUAAACAAACUUUCUCAAUUAAUGAAGUCACAGGAGAAAUCCGACUGACAAAGAAAUUGGAUUUUGAACACAUUAAAUCUUACCACGUAGAAAUUGAGGCCAUAGAUGGCGGAGGCCUUUCUGGAAAAGGCACUGUAGUCAUACACGUGGUGGAUGUGAACGACAAUGCCCCUGAGCUUACAAUAUCUUCACUCACCAACUCCAUCCCAGAAAAUGCUCCUGAGACUGUAGUGUCUAUCUUCAGAAUUCGAGAUAGAGACUCUGGAGACAAUGGCAAGAUGAUUUGCUCUAUUCCAGAUAAUCUGCCGUUCCUUCUGAAACCGACUUUCAAGAAUUUCUACACGCUGGUAACAGAGAGUCCCCUCGACAGAGAGAGCAGAGCCGAAUACAACAUCACUAUCACCGUCACUGACUUAGGGACCCCCAGGCUGAAAACGCAGCACAGCAUAACCGUGACGGUCUCCGACGUCAACGACAACGCCCCCGCCUUCAGCCAAACCACCUACACCCUGCGCGUCCACGAAAACAACAGCCCCGCCCUGCACAUCGGCAGCGUGAGCGCCACGGACAGGGACUCGGGCGCCAACGCCCAGGUCACCUACUCGCUGCUGCCGCCCGCGGACCCGCAGCUGCCCCUGGCCUCCCUGGUGUCCAUCAACGCGGACAACGGGCAGCUGUUCGCGCUCAGGUCCCUGGAUUACGAGGCGCUGCAGGCGUUCGAGUUCGGCGUGCGCGCGGCCGACCGCGGCUCGCCCGCGCUCAGCAGCCAGGCGCGGGUGCGCGUGCUGGUGCUGGACGACAACGACAACGCGCCCUUCGUGCUGUACCCGCCGCAGAACGGCUCUGCGCCCUGCACCGAGCUGGUGCCCAGGGCGGCCGAGGCGGGCUACCUGGUGACCAAGGUGGUGGCGGUGGACGGCGACUCGGGCCAGAACGCCUGGCUGUCGUACCAGCUGCUCAAGGCCACGGAGCCCGGGCUGUUCGGCGUGUGGGCGCACAACGGCGAGGUGCGCACGGCCCGGCUGCUGAGCGAGCGCGACGCCGUCAAGCACAGGCUGGUGGUGCUGGUCAGGGACAAUGGCGAGCCGCCGCGCUCGGCCAGCGUCACGCUGCACGUGCUGCUGGUGGACGGCUUCUCGCAGCCCUACCUGCCGCUCCCGGAGGUGGCGGCGGCCGAGGCGCGGGCCGACCCGCUCACCGUCUACUUGGUCGUCGCCUUGGCGUCCGUGUCGUCGCUCUUCCUGUUCUCGGUGCUGGUGUUCGUGGCGGUGCGGCUGUGCAGGCGGAGCCGGGCGGCGUCUGCGGGUCGCUGCUCGGGGCCUGAGGGCCACUUUCCGGGCCACCUGGUGGACGUCAGCGGCGCGGGGACGCUGUCCCAGAGCUACCAGUAUGAGGUGUGUCUGACGGGAGACCCUAGGACCGGUGAGUUCAAAUUCCUGAAGCCGAUAUUUCCCAACCUCUUGGUUGAAGACACUGAGAGAGAAAUAAAAGAAAACCCCAACUGCAGGAAUAGCUUUGUAUUCAGUUAAGGAUUGUAUUUGGUCAAGUCAGCCUCUCCUUAAUUUUGGUCAACCUAACUCCCAUUGCAACACCUUUCUUUUAAAAAAAAUUUGUUGUCUAAAUAUGUACACCUCUAUUCCAACCUAUGCGUGUCCCUGAUUGUGCCAAAUUUUUCUUUUAUUAAUAUUCAUUGGACUUGGCAUUUUUAGUUAACUGAUUAAGUAUGUAUAUUCUCCAUAUUUGACCUUCUCUUGGUGAUUAAUCUUUCCAUAACUAUAAAUUACUCAAGUAGCAUAAGAAGAAAUUUUAUUUAAAUCGACUUCUUAAUGUCUUAAAGCUUUUAUGUAAUUAUGCAUUUCUCUAUAUUUGUGGUGUUUGUCUUUACCGUUAACUUUAUCUGUAGAGUGUUUGAAAUACCUAGGCUUUGUUCAUUGCUCUCCAGGCUCCUCCCUGAAUAACCAUAAGCAUAUAACUUAUUUGCUUCUCUCAGAUUGUACAUAAACAUGCACUUCCAUUAAAAUAUUAAUACACUAAAAUUGUGACUUUCUGUUGUGCACACCAUGUAUGCUAGAAUUUAAAAAAUGUAUUUGAUCGAUACUUACAUGGUACACUGAAUGUAUUCCAUAAAUACUAAUAAUAAAUUUUAAAAAUUAUUCUCAUAAAUAAUUGAAGAGAAAAUCUUCUAUAAUUUGGUAUCAGGUUCACUAAACAAAACUAAGUCACUACUUGGUAAAAUCCUUUAUAACUAUUUCAGAACCUUAAAUACACCUUAGAUCCUUUCAAAGGAUGCAAAACAGGAAAGGCAUCAUUACUUCCUUGUCCUUCCUUUUCCUCUGUAAAUAAAAGUUCAAGAAUAAUGUAUAUUUCUUUUGGUUUUCCUGCAGCUUCUCCUCACCUUUCAAAAGAAAGAAUUUCUUCUGAGUUUCUCUUAUCCUAUUCAGGUUUGAGUAUUGGCUGGUACAAGAUUUUCACUUUAAAUUACUUUGCAGACAUGAACAUCUGUUAUCAACCAAAUAAUUAUUUACCUUUGAUGUCCAAGUUAUCUUCUCUUCAAUGUAGCUUUGAGGUAUUUUAUUUCAAUUUAUCAGUUUUAUGUUAAACUUUCAUUGUAAGAAAUAAGCAUUAUUUUGCCAUUUUGGACAAUAAGAACAGAAAUAGAAAUUAAAUAAGAAUGAACUUAUCUUAAGUGUCAUUGUUUUAUGUUGUGUUCAGUAAGCCUAGUAAGCUGAUCAUGUGGUUUCCAACUAAAUUUAUAUGGAUAUAAGUAUAAGACCUCUUAGUUGAACUUUUGGUACAAUGUGAGCAAUUAAAGAGUCUGUUUCAUAGUCUAAAUAUUUUUAAAUCUCAUGGGUCAUUCUACUGGAAUUUAAUUACUUGUACUUAUUAACCUUGAAUUACUUUUUUCUCUAAGGGUAAAGUGACAUAAAAAGGGGAAUUACUGGUUAAGUUAUUCUUGAAACAUAACUUUUAGCCUUCAUCCAGUCUAAAAAUUGAAAUGAGAAAGCAAUAAAAAUGAGAACAAAAUUAAGCACAAGUAUAUAUGGACAUAAAUUUGGUAGUCAACUUUAACAACUACUGAUUAGCUAUUAUAUGAAUAGCUUUAUGUAUGGUGACAAGAAAUCUGACUGAAGCUUUCACCAGUGUAUUUCACCAUUAUGAAAAUCCAAGUUGACUUUCCCUCUCUCUCUCUUUUUGUUUAUGUCACGAAAUUCCCAAUUGUAUAAUUGCCCAAAUGAGACUGGCUAAAUAAACACCCAGAACCCACCUUUAUGAAUUUGUAGGUAAAUUUGUGAAUUACUUUGUAUAUUAUUUUAUGGAUUUCUGUAUGUAUUCAUAAAGCACAGAUCAUUCUUUACCAUAAAGCAUAGGUCAUUCCUUACACCAGACUUUGAAAAUCAGUCAUUACAAUUUAGUAGUAAAUAUGAUCCAAAUAACUUGCACAAAUGCCUACAGUAGAAAAAUUGGCCAGUUCUAUUGUUGCAAAACAAAAAUAAAGAAUGGAGGCCAAAUAUCUUGAUAAUAUUGUUCAUUUCAAUUCUAUGUUUCUCACAUGUUUCUGUUAUAAGUGCAUACUUUUCCCAGUGUUAUUGAUAAAUAAUUGAGAAAUAAUUUCAUUAUUAAUAAUAUUAAUAAUUUUCAUUGAUAAAUAAUUUACAGCACUGUAAAUUUAAGGUGUACAGCAUGAUGCUUUGAAUUACACAUAUUGUGAAAUGAUUACCACAAUAGGUUCAGCUAACUUCUGUCUUAUACAUACAUCUUUUACAGUUACUUUACUGUUUUUAGGCACAGCAUAUAGUCAGUUUAACAUAUGCUGUUUUGGGGGCAGAAAUUUUACUGAAGGCAUUGUAUAGGACUUUACAACCACUUUAAGGACCCCUCUUCCUUUACUACCAAAGUUACAAAAUACAGAUUUUAAAAAGCCUGAGGUUAAAAGUUAUACACUUAUUUGGUGGAAUUCUGCUUACAGGUAGACUGGAUGUAUUAUCUAACAGCAGAAACAACCACAAAAACUCGUUAAAAUUCAGAAAUUAUCUGUUUGAAGCAACAGACAGCAGGUGUUAUAAUAAGAACAGAAAGGGCUAAGAUUUCUGAAAAGGAGAAUCCUUUAGUUGUGAACUGACUUCUACAGUCGAUUUGCCCUGAGGAAAUUUGUCUUAGAACAGACAAAAGGCUUUUGCUAGGGGUAGAGCACAUUCAUUAGCCUUCCGCAGACUGGAAGAUUCAAGCUCAAGGCCAGUUUUCCCCUCAGGAUAGUUGUCAAACUCAGGGACAUUCCAUUUAGUCUUUUAGAAGACUAAAAACCUAAGUAAAAAAAAAAAUCUCUGAAUAGCAGAGUGCACUUUUGAUAGUCUUGAUGCAUCAAGAUUAG